AUGCUGGGAAUGAUCCAGAUGGAGAAUGACUGUUUGCCGAGACACGGAGGAGGUGCUCAUGAGAAGGAUAAGGCGGGCCGUGUUCAGACUGCCCUUGAUAAGGCGGAUGACUUCUUAAAUGUAACAAUUGAAUGUUUGCUGGAAAUUAAUGAGCACCUGGAGGGAGAGUUGGGAGAUGACAGAGCCGGGAUAGCAGUCGAGCUCGAGCUGUUGCUGAGUCUCAAGUCCGUGCUUCUUGCUGUCCUCAUGCUGCCUACACUGAGUCGUCCCAUGUAUCAUCUUUUCCCUGGCAUGACCUGCCCUGAUGACGAGGUGGUUCUGCAGUGCACCGCAACCAUCCACAAGGAACAACAGAAACUGUGUUUGGCGGCAGAAGGGUUUGGCAACCGACUUUGUUUCUUGGAGUCCACUUCGAAUUCCAAGAAUGUUCCCCCAGACCUCUCCAUCUGCACCUUUGUGCUGGAACAGUCCCUCUCUGUCCGGGCCCUGCAGGAAAUGCUGGCUAACACGGUGGAGAAGUCAGAAGGGGUGAAGUCUGAAGUUAGUGCACGUUACUUGUCUUGGGGCCCAGGCUGCCCCAGGCAGGAGGCCUGGAGUGGAAAGGGCUCUGGGAAGCUGCCUCUCACUUCAGACUGCUGGGUUCCUCACACCUCUGCCCCUUGUCCAGAGCUCCUGCCCCUCUCGGUGCCGUGGGAACAUGGGAGAAGAGGAGAGUUGGCAGGAAGUCUUGAUGGCAGUGCUGUUCAUCAAGCUUGUCAGGUGUUAAAGCUGACACGCUUUGGGGGGCACUUGGGAGGGUUUUCUGGGGCGUGCCCAUCCCCAGAAAUCUGA